CGAUCGUCUUCAAUGGAGGUGAUUCACUCAUGGUCUUGUCCAAGAUCACUCAGCACCGCUCUCAUGUACUCCUUUGCCCAGAGAGAUGACAUCGAAGUGCUGGACGAGCCAUUAAACGCUUCGUUCCUUAAAGCUACAGGUGCUGAUAGGCCAUACAGAGAUGAGAUUUUCGCUAGCAUGGAAAUUGAUGGACAUAAAGUGGUGAAAGACAUCAUUUAUGGUCCAGGAAAGAAGAAAUAUAGGUUUUGUAAGAAUUUGGCAAAACAUCGUAUUCUUGGCUUGCCAAGUGAACUAAUGAGUAAAGGAAAGCACUUUAUCUUGAUACGCAAUCCGGUUCACAUAUUGCCUUCUUUUGAUAAGGUAAUCCCAUUAUCAUUUCUCGACGUGGGAUUGGCAGACUUAGUUUCAAUAUACAGCGAUCUCUGCCAGAUGGGAACACCACCACCAGUCAUCGAUGCAGACGACCUUCAGCGAAAUCCCGAGGCUACGCUACGUGGUCUUUGUCAUGACUUGGAUAUCCCGUUUCAAGCCUCUAUGCUUAAAUGGGAGGCUGGUCCCAUACCAGAAGAUGGAGUAUGGGCUUCAUGGUGGUACAAAACUGUUCACGAAUCAACUGGUUUUUCGUCUCCGAGGAAAUACCCUCGUACAUUCAAUAUGAGGCAUUACGAUUUGCUGGAGCAUUGUUUACCACUAUACAACACUCUCAGGCGUCACGUGAAGGGCAAGUCAUCUCUCUUGGCCAGCCCCUUAGCUCCUCCCAGUCUUCCAGUUCCUGAAAAUGCUAAACUUUUUGCUUGGGUUGGUGAUGAGAUUUUGCCACGUGAGAUGGCCAAGGUUUCCGUUUUUGACUCCGUGGUGCAAGGCGGUGACUCUGUAUGGGAAGGUCUUAGAAUCUACAAAGGCAAAGUAUUCAAGCUUGAAGAACAUCUAGAUCGGUUGUUUGAUUCAGCAAAGGCUCUAGCUUUCAAUAAUGUCCCAACCCGCGAGGAGGUAAAAGCAGCCAUCUUCAAAACUCUCAUAACCAAUGGGAUGUUUGACAAUACACAUGUAAGACUGUCUCUAACCCGAGGCAAAAAGGUCACUUCUGGAAUGAGCCCUGCGUUUAACCGUUAUGGAUGCACAUUGAUCGUCCUUGCUGAGUGGAAGCCUCCAGUAUAUGACAACGAUAAUGGAAUUGUGCUGGUGACUGCAACUACACGUCGCAACUCUCCCACCAAUUUAGAUUCCAAGAUUCAUCACAACAAUCUCCUCAAUAACAUACUCGCAAAGGUUGAAAGCAACAACGCUAAUGUCGAUGAUGCAAUCAUGCUUGACAAGGAUGGCUUUGUGUCUGAAACCAAUGCAACCAACCUUUUCAUGGUGAAGAAGGGCGUAGUUCUCACUCCCCAUGCAGAUUACUGUCUCCCAGGGAUUACCCGAGCUACUGUCAUGGGACUGGUGGUGAAAGAGAACUUCAUCUUGGAAGAACGAAACAUCAGCUUGUCUGAAUUUCAUACAGCUGAUGAGGUAUGGACUACAGGAACUAUGGGAGAACUCAGCCCGGUUGUGAAAAUUGAUGGUCGUGUGAUCGGUGAAGGAGAAGUAGGACCGGUUACAAGAAAACUGCAAAGUGCUUACAAGAAACUGACCGAUGAUUCGGGUGUCCCGAUACCUACUUACCAAAAACUUUGAACCAUUUUCAAAGAACUAUGGGUGUGUUUACGCAAGUCCAUUUGUGUCGUUUUCACUUUGAUAAAUAAGUGCAUGAUGUUUUUAGCACAUGAUGGUUUGGGCCAAUGUAAUAAAGUUGGUCGCGUGCAAGUCAAGUGUGUUUCGUCCUCCUCGCCUAUUUCAUUAUCAUGUUUAAAAUUGAUGGUCUUCCCUUCUUCUUAUAUGGCAACUGACAAGUUCAGAAUUUGAUUGUUUCUUUUCUUUUGCAAUAGCCGUCAUUUGACGAUAUUUAGAUGUGUUAAAAUUUUGUGAACUACCAAAUUCAAAUAGUUUACUAGAUACAGUCCUAAAAGUGUUCGUUAGCCCACGUCCAGUGACAAUUUCUGAGAGAGUACCUCAGCUAUUGAAAUAUUUAUAAAAAAAAUACAAGUUAGAAAGAAAAGUUGAUAUGAACUCAUAAACUCUCUAGAUACCAUACGUAUAUUUGGUAUGAUAUCAUCAAAUCAUUUUUACAAAAUAUCAAAAUUGAAUUACACUGUUUAAAUGUAAUAUUAUAUAGUUAAGAUUUGUUUUGAGUUUUUUUUUUUGUUCAACUUUUCUUGGUAAUGAUUUACAUACUUCUUUGCAUUUAUGUUAUAUAUUUGGUAAAUUAUUUUACAUUGUUUAAAAUAAUAAUUAUUCAAAUAUUGGAAAUAUGACUUGUACAAUAUUGUUAAUGAGUUAGACCA